CCGAUUAAGCCUUUUUCUUGGUCUUUUUGCAUUGUCGAAAGCUUUUCAGAUUCUUCUCCAACGGGAAGAAUCGUAACCUGAACCCUAGAUCUCCUCAAAAAACUUGAUCCCAUCUCAAAAACCCUCGUAUUUUCUUGAAUUUAACCUUUAAAACCCUAGAUCUGACCAACAAUUUCACGUUUCUCGAAACUCACCCGGUCAAAUUCAUCAGAUUUGACUGGUUUUUGGCAAUACCCGAUUCGAAUUUUUGUGAAAUUAGGCGUUUCUCUUGUCUUAAAUUUGGUGGGAAAUUGGUGAUGGGAAGACCGUGUAUAGAAACAUUGAGGACAUCUUCAUCGUCGUCAUCACCGCCGGCGGUGACAACGACAUCUACGUCGGUGACAGAGACGGUGAACGGAGAACAUGAUUUUAGGAUAUCGGGUUACUCGUUAUCGAAAGGGAUUGGGAUUGGGAAGUAUGUAGCGUCUGACACGUUUAUGGUUGGUGGAUAUUCGUGGGCGAUCUACUUUUACCCUGAUGGGAAAAGCCUUGAGGAUAAUGCGACAUAUGUUUCUUUGUUUAUUGCAUUAGCUAGCGAAGGAUCAGAUGUACGUGCGCUUUUUGAGCUAACUCUCUUGGAUCAAAGUGGUAGAGAGAGGCAUAAGGUUCAUAGCCAUUUUGGAAGAGCAUUAGAGAGUGGGCCGUAUACUCUUAAAUACAGGGGUAGCAUGUGGGGUUAUAAGCGGUUUUUCAAAAGAUCCGCUUUGGAGACAUCGGACUACUUGAAAGAUGAUUGUCUUCAGGUUCAUUGUUGUGUUGGGGUGGUCAAGUCCCAUACAAAAGGCCCUAAGACAUACUCUAUUCACGUACCACCUUCAGAUAUCGGUCAACACUUUGGGCAGCUUCUCGAGUGUGGAAAGGGAACCGAUAUUUCUUUUGAAGUAAAAGGCGAAGCAUUUCCUGCUCAUAAAUUGGUACUUGCAGCCCGCUCACCGGUUUUCAGAGCUCAACUUUUUGGUCCAAUGAAAGAUCAAAGUAGCCGGUGCAUUGAAGUUGAAGACAUAGAGCCCCCGGUUUUCAAGGCAUUGCUUCAUUUUAUGUACUGGGAUAGCCUGCCUGACAUGGAAGAGCUAACGGGUCUUAACACAAAAUGGGCUUCGACGUUGAUGUCUCAGCAUCUGCUCGCAGCGGCCGACCGCUACGGUUUAGAUAGGCUGCAACUGCUCUGUGAGGCUAAUCUUUGCCAAGAUGUUGCCAUAAAUACCGUUGCAACCACAUUAGCAUUGGCGGAGCAGCACCAUUGUCUACGGUUGAAAGCCGUGUGUCUCAAAUUCGUAGCCAUGCCGGAAAACCUCAGAGCGGUGAUGCAGACCGAUGGGUUUGAUUACUUACGAGAAAGCUGUCCGCAUGUUUUGACCGAGCUUUUGGAAUACGUAGCGAGGAUCAACGAGCAUUCUCCUGCCAUUAGCAAACGAUUGAACGAGGUUAUACCGGAUGCACUUGAUGUACAUGGUAGAAGGGUAAAACAGAGAUUAUAACUUCAUAACUCAA